UUGUCUCGGAAAAAAAAAAAAAUUAUGAAAAGAAAAAAAGAAAAAAAAUUUUUAUAAUCAUAACUCACCACAAAAACAGAAGUAAGGGCUUGGGCCUGGUUCCUAGCGACAUGGCUAAAUGCACCAAGGUUAGGAUCGUUGGUAAAUACAGGACCCACUAUGAUGCCUCCUUCCGGAAAAUGGUGAAGAAGAUUGAAAUCAGCCAGCAUGCCAAGUUCACUUGCUCCUUCUGUGGCAAAACCAAGAUGAAGAGACGAGCUGUGGGGAACUGGCACUGUGGUUCCUGCAUGAAAACAGUAGCUGGUGGUAGCUGGACCUACAACACCACUUCGCAGUAA